GUCUGAGGGCUGACUCAAAUGACAGACAUUUGAUACAUUACGCCAUUUUGUAUAUCCUCGCAUUCAAUCAAGAUGGAAUUGCGCAUUAUCGACCAAAAUUUCAACCAUUUAUUAAAAAUUGCGAACCAACUAGAGCUACCAGUGCGAAUUGUAUUUGCAAUAAGUGAUAACAAUAUACCAGCGGAAAAGUUUUUCUGCAUGACGGCACAAGAAUGGUCCGACCUCCUACAAGGAGUUGAUGGUGAAUUCAUUUGCAGUCGUAUUGCUGAUUGGAAAAAUAAUUCGGGAUUGUCUUCGCCAUUCAUUCCGCAAAUGGACAAAUGCAGCUUUUUGGUGUAUGAUGACCAACAAUCUCCAGACGAUUUGCAUAGCACCGGUCGAGCUGGUUCGACUAAAGACCAACCAACAGAUCUUCCGAAGGAUGCAAGUACAAAUUUUGUUGACCCUGAGUCGGAUUUGGUAAUAAAAAAUAAUAUUAAUUUGUUGAUACUAGAUCUAGUAUCAUACCCCAAGUACCGAUCACUGGUGUGCGCGACUGCAAAUAUAUCAUAAAUAAUAACUGUUAUACUUUUCUUCCUCAGAAUGAACAGUCAUUGCACUGCCAGGAAGACUCUUUGGAAGAAUCAGCUAAUGUCUUGGGAAAUGCUCGGAGAACCGUUUUUCGAGAUCUGAGCAAUACAGAUUUACCAAAACAACGCACUCCACAACGAACUUCAACAUCUAUGGAUUUGAUUAACACAGAGAAUAAUGCAUCUUCCGA